AACAGACUCGCUGUUAACUAGUGGAACUGUGUACACAGGGCUCAGGAACGCCUUGGCUGCCCAGCCCUUCCCCUUGCCCGCACCCAACAUGGAGGCGGUGAAGCGCUGCCUGCGUCCUCCGGCGCAUGCGGGAGGGCGGGCGCUGCGCGUUCGGUGCUGGUGCGGCAUGUGGCGGCUGGCGCGGUGCUUGAGGCGGAGCGGCUGGGGCCGCCAGCUGUGUGGAGCGGCAGUCGCUCGCUUGACGGUGUCGGCGGGGUCUCCGGCUCCCAGCGGGAGUCCCGGCGGCUGGUACGAGAAUCUGGCGCAGUCGACCCCCGUGCACUGGGCGGAAGAUGGGCUGGUGGCGCUGCAGGCGGCCGCGGAGCUGCCGUGGUGGGCCGCCAUUGUGUGCGGCGGGGCCCUGCUCCGCACAGCCGUCACAUUGCCGCUGGCCGCGCACCAGGGCCGCCUCCUGGCCAAGUUGGAAAAUUUGCAGCCCGAGAUUAAAAAACUAGCUGAGCAGCUUCGCUAUGAGGUUUCUGUUCGUGGGAAGCAACUGGGUUGGUCUGAAAAGGUUGCCAGGUUCCAUUUUAAGAAGAACCUGCAGAGGAUUAUUACAGAACUGUACGUUCGAGACAACUGCCAUCCAUUCAAAGCCACUUUAUUGGUGUGGGUACAGAUCCCAAUGUGGGUCUGCGUGUCCCUUGCCUUGCGCAACUGCAGCGUUGGUGCCUUGGACUCAGAAGUUCAAGAGCAGUUUUCGACAGGCGGGACACUGUGGUUUACAGACCUCACAGCACCAGAUUCCACAUGGAUUAUGCCAGUUUCACUUGGACUCUUAAAUUUGCUGAUAGUGGAGAUCUUUGCUUCACAGAAACUGGAAGCUUCCAGGUUCCAGAAGCUUGCUACAAAUUUCUUUAGAGUGUUGUCAGUAGUAAUGAUUCCUGUUGCUGCCACAGUCCCCUCGUCCAUGGCGUUGUACUGGUUGUCCUCAAGCUUCAUGGGACUCUCACACAACCUGUUGCUCCGUUCUCCGACCGUUCGCCGACUGUGUUGCAUACCGAGGACCAAAUCUGACUCAGACACUCCUUACAGGGAUAUUGUGGCUGCCUUGGCUACCAAAUACGGUUUUAAGAAAUAAUGUGCUUUGAACUGUCAGAAGAGCUAUCCCACGUAGUUUGUGUGUGCAAUUGGCAAGUGGUGUUUUGUUGAGAUGCUCACUGUAAAGUGCUACGGCUGGAAUUAUAUUUAUUUUCCAAAUAAAACAUUGAUCAUCUGGCUAUAAAGAAUGAUUCAUCAACACAAGUAUAGGAUUUGGGAAGUUUGGUUCCAAGGAUGUUAGUUUUGCUAUUUGAAUGGUCCCGUAAUGCAGGUUUGUCACCUAAACUGUAAAGAGUUACAAAGAUAAACGUGUGACUCAUCUAGGCUACUUUCUUGUAGCAAAGCUGGUCUGAUCUGUGGUGAAUUGGGGCUGGGGAGAGGGUGGAUGGACUCUGCAUUGACUGGCUUAUUUCUUAAUUUAGAUGUCAUCAGUUGAUAUUCACAUGGUUCACAUCACAGUCUUUGUAAGUCUUCAUACAUUAUUUCCUCAGACAGCAAAGUAAGCUGGGUUAUUAUCCGUCUUGCUGCAUUAGGUUUGGAAUUAGGAGGACGAGUUUAUUGUUUCUUGUGAAUGUCUGUUAAGUGACAACAUUGUCAGCCAUUUUUAUGUGUCAGUGUAAUUAUAUGUAGAUAGUCAUUUCUUAUAGGGAUAUAAUCUGUGUUUAUGUGUAGCCUUGCACUGCAUAUGUUUUAAGUCAGCAUCUGUACAUUGUGAUGAAACUUAAGCCCCUUUGCACAAAAGUUUGAGCAAGUGAUCUCCUCAAAGGUAAUUUAUCAUCUGUCAGAAGCAGAAUUUGGGGUAGAAGGCUUUUUUUUAAUGCCAUGUGGUUCUCAUACCAAAAAAGAUGAUGAUUCAUGAUGUAAUUGUUAAAGUCGAUGCUGGAUAAUCCUUGGUAAGUGGAAGCUAAUGUUAAAAUAACUGCGGUUAUUUGCGUGUGUUUGUGGGGUUUUGUUUGUUUGUUGUGUUUACUCUUUUGUGUUGCUUUUUGUUUGGUUGGUUGCUUUGUAUAUUGGUUGGUUGUUUUAAGAUUGGGGCAUAGAGUGCCCUGAGGACAACUGUUCUGCCCACUAAAGGCAGAUGUAAAGAAGGCAUUGAGGACCUCAGCCUUCCCCUUCCCCCGGGGUUACAUUCCCCGCUGCAUCAAGUAAGGGGUGGACAUUUUCCUUGUUUCUUCUCUUACCAUUGAUAGAUUUGUAAAAAGAUUUUAUAUUCUCUUUUACUGUUGUGGUCAAUCUAAAUUCGAGCUGGGCUUUAGCCUUCCUAACUUUAGAUUAGUAAUGUAAUCCUUUGUCAUAAGCUUACUUUCUCAAGAAGAUAUUUCCUUCCCUUAGGAGGUUUCAGUCAGAGGUUGCACUGUUGUUUGCAAGCAUGUAUGCAAUUCUUAUAUACUGGAAAAUAGAUUUCUUAUGAUAGCAAGGAGCUGCCUUUGCAAGAUUUUGGCAUUUUGUGUCAUUUCAAAUGUUGGGGAAUUAUUAAUUUAACAGUUUUGCUGUCAGAUGUGGUUGGGUGCAAACACAGUGAAGGUUACUUUUGAUUUUUGCUCAUAGAUUUAUAGAAAAGGUUACUGUAUACAUCAUGGCCUCAAAUAGCAUCACGAGAUUUAGAGAGUGUAUUUAUGGCUCCUGCUAAAGCCAGAGGGAAGGUUUUCCUCAUCUGAAACAGUAACAGGGUAAGACCUAUCGGGCACAGCUGAUAGGGUGCCAUUUAACUUGGGGUAGCAUGAGUAGGCCCUUCUUACUUCAUAAUCAUUUUAUAAUUGUUUCACCUUAGAUCUCUGUGAAGGUA